GUUGUACCACAAAUCGUGUACUUUAUUAAUUCCCACGAACCUUAUCACAUUAAAUUCAUAUUAUUUUUAAUGAUUGCUUGCCACUCCACUUCGCAGUUUACACAGACGCCAUAGCCGAUUAUGGAAGAACUGAAACCAAGCUCUCCCAAUUCAAGCCCCCUCACGCCCAUCGGAUUCCUGGAGAGAGCGGCCACUGUUUAUGCAGAUUGCCCGUCAAUUGUUUAUAACUCCGCCACCUAUUCUUGGUCGGAAACCUAUCUCAGGUGCUUGAAAGUGGCAUCUUCGAUUGUAUCGUUGGGUAUCAAGAGAGGCCAGGUGGUUUCUGUGGUGGCGCCGAAUGUCCCAGCCAUGUACGAGCUUCAUUUUGCUAUACCUAUGGCCAGCGCCGUUCUUAAUACCAUCAACCUCCGCCUCGAUGCGCGCACCAUCUCCAUCCUCCUCCACCAUGCCGAAUCAAAGCUUGUUUUCGUUGAUUGUCAAUCAGAAUCUUUGGUUGUUGAGGCCUUGUCUUUAUUCCCACCGAAUUCUCAACGCCCUCUUCUUGUUUUUAUAACCGAUGAUGAAUUUGAAUCCCCAUCAUUCAAUAUGACUUACGAGGGCAUGGUCCGUGAUGGUGAUUCGAAUUUCAAUUGGGUACGCCCUGAAAGUGAAUUCGAUCCUUUAACGCUGAAUUACACCUCCGGAACCACCUCUUCGCCGAAAGGAGUCGUCCAUAGCCACCGUGGGGCAUUCAUUAUGUCAAUGGAUUCAUUACUGGAGUGGUCUGUGCCAAAACAACCAGUGUACUUAUGGACUCUGCUUAGACAAGUACUAGAAGCAAUAAAUACAUAA